AUGAAUGUAAACUAUCCUAUGAUAGCGAAUUACAAUGAAAAUAACUUGGGACAAUUUGCUGAGUCGUUGAGCCACGAAAUACCACUUUUUGAUCACUCAACAGACUCUAGGAAAAGAGAAAAGAUCGAGACUUUGGCUGAGGUAUACUCGUUGAUCAUAGUGCUGGAUCAAGUCGAGAAGGCCUAUCUGAAAGACAGUAUAUCAAGUGAGGAUUACACGAUGACAGUAAAUAAACUUCUUGCUCAAUACAAGACAUACUUAGCAAAUGAAGAGAUUGCAGAUGAGUAUCAGGAUUUGCAGACGUUCAAGGAAAAAUACAAUAUCAGUGCCUCGAAUGCUAUAACUAGGCUUGAGCGAGGGAUUCCUGUAACUGUGGAGCAUGCGAUUCAGAGUAAUAGGGGACCUACAGCGGUGGCAGGAACUGAAAAGAAGUAUAGCGGAAAAGCGGUAGCAGAAGCGACAGGCAAUUUCAUUACUGUUAUGGAUGCCCUAAAGCUGAACUAUAAAGCUAAAGAUCAACUACACCCCUUAAUGUCGGAAUUACUUUUGAGCAUAAACAGAGUAAGCUCUCAGGACUUUGAGUGCAGGAGCAAAUUAGUGGAAUGGAUUGUCAAAAUUAACAAGAUGAAGAUCAAGGAGACUCUCACUGAGGAAGAGGCGAGAGAACUGCUCUUUGACUUAGAGAGCGCUUAUAAGAGUUUUUACACAUUACUUGAAUAG